AUGUUUGAACACGAAGUAAAUAAUAAUCUCGAACUUGUAUAUCACCUUGAAGCUAUGAAAGAAGUUUUAAAAAUCACAAGGAACAUUUCGAGUUGCUUUGGACACGAUGUACAGUGCAAACUUUCAAAAGUAGUUGCUUUCUUCCUUGAAGCAGCGGAUUUCGUUGGAAGUAAAGUUUACGGAGACGCUUUCUCUUGUUUCCGAGAUUCCAACAUUAUUGAAAUAGGACAAUCAUGUUCGGAAAUUGAUGAAUUCGAACGCGGCUUUCGUGAGAUGCCAGUCAACUACACCAUUCUAUACCAAAAAUGCGAAGAAGGUGUGCUGAAAUGUGCGGCCAGAAGACUUUAUCCUACUCCUUCAUGCUCCAUCGGGAGAUUGGUUCACCUAUACCAAGCUUUUCACGUAGGUAUGCAAUCGGUACUCCUGGGACAACAGUUCAUGAACGGAGAUCCAGUGGUGUUAGAUUUUGAUGCUUCAAAGUAUUGCAACAAUGGAAGAAACUUCAAACAUUAA